AAAGCAAACGAUUACGUCACCAUCUCCGGCACCGGUCUUCUUCUCACUGCUCGUAUGUCCGAGUCCGCUCCCUGCAGCUAUUUUCACUGCGGGGUUUGGCAGAGCGGCCUUCCAACGCCGGAACGAUCGUUUUAGAUGGCGAAAACCUACGAUUAUCUCUUUAAAUUGCUGCUGAUCGGAGACAGCGGAGUCGGAAAGACAUGUCUGCUGUUCAGAUUCAGCGAGGACUCCUUCAACACCACCUUCAUAUCUACAAUAGGAAUAGACUUCAAAAUCAGAACAAUAGAGCUGGACGGAAAGAGAGUGAAACUCCAGAUUUGGGACACUGCAGGGCAGGAGAGGUUUCGCACCAUCACCACUGCUUACUACAGAGGAGCUAUGGGAAUUAUGCUGGUUUAUGACAUCUGCAAUGAGAAGUCUUUUGACAACAUAAAAAACUGGAUUAGAAAUAUUGAGGAGCAUGCCUCAUCUGAUGUGGAAAAGAUGAUCCUUGGUAACAAAUGUGACAUGACGGACAGGAGACAGGUGUCCAAAGACAGAGGGGAAAAACUGGCUAUUGAUUAUAGAGUCAAAUUUUUGGAGACAAGUGCAAAGUCGAGCCUAAAUGUGGAAGAGGCUUUCUAUACCAUGGCAAGAGACAUUUUACAUAACUUAAACUCAAAGGCAGGUGACGGCAAUGGCGGAGGGUCAGGAAAACCCGUCAAGAUCACAGAUAAAAAGUCAAAGAGGAUCAAAUUCUUCAAAUGUUCGGUCCUCUAGGCUCUUCAGAGUUGAAGUUUGCGUUUCCCGCCUGAACUUGGGCGUUUUGGACAGCCGCACUGCUCUUACCCAAACACAAGCCUCUACUGCCAUUUGAGGUCAUGCGUGGUUGAGCUGCCACCUCGAUUUAACUAGAAGAGGAUUGAUGGGAAAUGAGGCCUGAUGAUGAAUAACUCCUCAUGCAAAAAGACUUGAUCAUCAGCAGUGGUUUGUAGCUUGCCCUGCAGUGCCUGCUCCCAGUGGACUAUAGUCCUGGUGGCAUUUUAAAAACAUCAGCUGUAUAUUAAAAAAACAAA